AUGUCGCCAACCCCCGAAGAAUCCGAUCAGAAUUCCGAGAAACAAUCUCCCGCUGAAUUCUGGGAGCGGCCCCGCUUGCCUCGCCCUCCACCCACCAACGAGCAGAGAGCUGCCGCUCUUGCGCGCGUGCUUGAUCCGAAUGACCCUCUCUACCGCCCAAAUCAAGCGAAGAAUGUCGCCACCGUGAUUGAGCUUUAUCAAAACGGAACAAUCACGGUGAACGACGAGGUAUUUGUGGUCGACGGGCGUGUUGCCAGCCAAGAAGAGUGUAUUGCGGCCAAGAAGCCGUAUUUCUGCGAGCGCGGGAACCAUACCUCGCAGCAAUGUGUACAGAAGGCCAGCUAUGGACAUGGCCCUUACAUUCAUGGACACGAGCUCAAAGCGUGUAUCCGUCUUCCGCUAUCGGAAGGUGGUAAUGGCGCCCUUUUCCAUAUCAGCAUGCUAAAUGAUACGGGCAGUGACAUGCUCACAAUCUUUGAGCACGAGACUAUGAGCCUCGCGAUGAUAUGCCCUUCGUACAUGCCUCAGGUUUGGAUGGAAGAGAUCAGUGGUGCCGACGGAGCUGUGGAUCUUCUUCCUUGCUUUAACGUGGAGAUGCAGAUGGAGACGGAGAAUGGGGUCGCAUGGGGUCCCUGGUUUGUGGAGUCGGCAGUGGAGCGGCCUUUGGUAUUUGGUAUGGCUCGCUUGUCGGGGAUGAAGAUGAGGCAACAGUUUUUCGUGGGGUCAUCGCCCCGUAAUCCCAAUAUUUCUGUUGCGACUACGAAAGGAGGGAUGGCUUCACUUCUUUAG